UUAGCUCAUCAGGCGGUGACCAACCAAAAAUUUUUACUUUGGAAGUGUUUUGGGUACCAACAGCAGGGAGGGAGCUCUGCCCUGUUGGCUUUGGGAUAUGUCUCAGCUAGUACUGUUAUCACCGUUAAUGGCUUUCUUAAGCCGCCUCAAAUCUUAUUUGUUUGUGUUUAUCCAAGGGAAAGUUUCUUUCUGGUCCAUUGUAGUUCUGGGAUGGGCUGGUAGGCUAGCGGAAUACGCCUUGUGGUCGAGAAUGACAUACUUAACAGAGUUGGGACUUGACACCACCCAUGCUGCUGCAAUUGUAAAUGUGUGUACUGGUGUAGAGACUAUAAUGCCUACCGGCAUGGCUUUCCUUGUAGAUGCUUUUGUGAGUGACUAUCGGAUGCUCUUGUUCUCCAGUACUCUUGCUUAUAGCUUAGGGAUAUGCAUCUUGGCAAUGUCAACACCAACGCUACUCUCUAAAUAUGUAGGCCCCAUGCCAUGUGAUAACGGUCCAGCUAAGUGCAUUACGGACGCUCGAAAAGCGCUGUUUUAUAUAUCAAUACCCUUCAUAAUCAUUGGGGUAUCUGGUCAUGUGGCAUCCUUGGGUUGUUUUCUAAAGAAAAAAGAGCCGAUCGAAACAGAAAGUUUAAAAAGGAAAUUCAUGAGCUUCUUUUGGAAAUUCAUACUCUGCCUCGUUCCGAUGAUUAUCACCUUUGCGCUUUCAUUUUUGCCAUGGUUUGGCCAAUAUGGAAUACCAGCAAUAGUAUUGAUGGUGGUAGCUCUUCUGUUUGUGAGUGUCUCAGGCUCAUACAAAUAUGCCACACCACAGGGGAGUCCUCUGAUCACUAUUUUUAGAGUCUUCGUAGCAUCUGCUUCCAAGAUGUUUUGUCCACGGGAUGCUCAAGUACUUCAUGAAAACCGACCUAGUUCUUGCCGCUUGCCUCACACCCAAGGCCUCAGGUGUCUUGACAAGGCUGCAAUUGUAAUUUCAACCCAAAAUUUAGAGCAACAAGAACAAAAUAGAUGGAAACUUUGCAGUGUAUCAGAAGUAGAGGAAACAAAAAUCUUUAUACGCAUGAUACCUAUGUGGGUGAGCUUCAUCAUGUGUGGGGUCAUAUCAUCGGUAGGAGACACUUAUUUUUUGGAUCAAGCAGGCAGUUUGGAUCCUAAGAUUGGAAAAGUGGAGGCUCCUGUUUUUACAUUACUAAUCUUCCAAAAAAUUGUAGAAUUAAUGUUUUCCGAAGUCACUAAGGAGUUAGUUAAAAAGGGAUCAAGUAAAUAUGCAGCCCCAAUAGGAAAUAUAGUCGCAACGAUAUUUUCUAUACUAUGUUGUAUCACGGCUGCAAAAGUGGAGACCAAGAGGCUACACAAGACUCCAAGCGAUUUUAAUGAUAAUGAUCCCAAUGAGCAUAUCCCACUGAGCAUGUUCUGGCUUCUUCCACAGUUUUUCCUUCUUGGUGCCGUUGAUGGAAUCUCUCAUAACCUUUUUAGUGAUGAUGAUGAAAUCUCUGGAUUCAACAUUGCUUGUUUCUUCAACGGUAAAGUUCCUGACUCCAUAAUCUCCUACUUGAAAAUUUUCAGCGAUAGCGUAUUUGGAAUCGGAAAUUUGGGAAGUGCCAUUUUAGGUUCUAUAUUGGGACCAAUUUGGCUUGACUACACAUUGAGCGAAAGUCAUUUCGAUAACUACUAUUGGACACUUGCAGUUUUGAGUUCCAUAAAUCUUGUCGUCUCCAUCUUGGUGGUAAUUUGGUACCGCUAUAAACACUCGGCAAUUGAAGAGAACAGAAUGUCAGAGACUCAAUUAUCAACACGUUGA